ACGUAUUCGAAUGCAACACCAAGAGAACCAUAUCUCUCGCUGCAAAUCUUCACGUGCCCUCUCUGCAGUGAUUUCCAGACAUCCUCCCUUUGUUUCACUCACCACUGCAAAUCUUAUCCAGUCUGCACUCUCCCCCGUCUCUCUCUUUUCUAUUUAUUAGUCGCUACCGGUUUUGUUCGUUAAUUGCUUCAAUUUGGCCGACCCAACAAAGGGAAGAGAGAGAGAGAGAGAGAGAGAGAGAGAGAGAAAUAGAAAAAAGAAAUAUGGAAAACAGCAAAAAGGGGCAAAUGGGAAGCUCUUCUUGUUCAUCAUCUUCAUCUUCAUCUUCUUCUUCGAGGUAUUCUUCAUCAUCUGACAGCAUGGGACAUCUUUUCGGUCCUCCCAAGGAGCACCACUACUCCUCAUCGUCGUCUUCAUCUUCCUCGUACUCGACUGGAUCAACGUUCGGGUCCAUCUUCCCACCGCCCUCAGCCGUGCUGGGGAGAGACUCGUCCCCGUCUGGAGCAUUCACGGGCUACUCCAGAAGCCAAGAUUUGGGAAAUCAAUUUGGGAUUUGGAAUAACUAUGGAGAUCAUCAAGGUCAAGUCUUUAAAGGGGAAAGCAAGGGAAGGAGCUCCACCACCAGUUAUAAUCAGCAGGAAACAGCUGAGCCAUGCUACAUGAGCUCAUCCAUUUACUAUGGUGGGCAGGAAAACUAUUCCCCCAGAACCCAGGCUUCCGAGUCUCAGCACACGCUCAAGAAGGACGGAGAAGAUGACGACUCAGGUAGUGCCUCAAGAGGGAAUUGGUGGCGAGGUUCGCUAUAUUACUGAGACUACACGCCACAUACAUAAUAUGGCAUGGUGAGCCAAUCUCGAGGAACGAUGAAGCUCAGUAUUGUUGGACCUCGGAUUCAACAUGUGCCCCAAUCGACAAUGUUAGGAGCAUCAUGAAUAAUAUAUAGUAGUGUAUGACUUCUACAGACUUGGACUAUUAUAGCCGAUCAGGCUCUUUUUGCUCCGGCAAUAUAGAUAUGUAAUUAAAUAAGUUAUUCUCCAAUAUCGAUAUGUAAUUAACUAGACUCUAUAUAUGUAUGUGAGUUUUCCAGCUUUGGGAAACUAAUAUAUCCCGGUUGCAAAUGUUGCAAUUAUUUCUUUU